CAGGCUUUAGUUUGUGGAUUGCCAAUGCCUCUGCUGUGCAUAAAAUAUUGAUUCGAACCCCUUUCGAUCCAGUUCCUUUGACUCUGUAAACUAUUUUAAACGAAGAGUCUUUUGGAGCGAUAUGCCCACAGUUGAUUAAGUACUCCUGUAUAGAACUCGUGAUUGUUUUUCGCUCCCCUUUCAAGAGCCAAGCCGGAUAAUGUUCCGAGAUGCGUUUGGAUAAUGAUCGCUUUGUGCGGCCUAUGUAACAUGCCCCACAUGAGCAAGUAAACUUAUAGAUACACAUUGAAGUGGCCAAAAGCGAAAGUUUGUCCUUAACACACCCCAGAAUUGUAGGUCGGCUAGAGAAAACGAUUCGAAUCUUAGCUGCGUGGAAUGUUUUAUUCAAUGAUUUAGAAAUCCGUUUAUUUAGGAUUUCAGCAGCCGUAUCUCCCUUAAAUUCCAUAUUCACAAAUAGAGUUUUUUCUCUACUGUCAAUGCUUUGUCAUGAGGUCUAGGUACCAAGUUUCUAUCGAUGAAUCUCGGUGGAUAACCAUUUUUGAUGAAGGUCUGUCGAAGAUAAAAUAGUUCCCCAUCUAUUGUGUCAUUGGAACAAAUUCGCUUGAUCCUUGAGGAUAAAGAAUGAAUUAAGUUCCUUUUUCUAAUUAAUGGAACCCAACUGUGGAAGUUCGUGUAUUGUCCAUUCCAAGUGGGUUUUCUGUGUAUCGAUCUCUGUAAUAAACCGUCAGGCAUUCUUUUUAAAUGGAUAUCAAGAAAAUGAAAUUCGUGGUUUGUCUCUGCUUCUAAGGUGAAUUGGAUUGAUGGGUGGCAGUUAUUGAAAAUAUUCAAAAUAUCAUUGAGGUCACUAUCUUCUUCGCAAAUAAUGGAAGUGUCAUCCAUAUAUCUUUUAUAUAAAUGAAAUCUUUCAAUUAUUGAUCGAAGUACCGAGUUUUCUAGGUUCGCCAUAAAACAAUCAGCCAGGAGAGGACCCAAUGGAGAGCCCAUUGCAACUCCAUCUAUUUGUUUAUAGAAAACAUCAUUAAGUAAAUGAUUUCGUCGCAAAGAAAAUUUUCUUCGCUGAAUUCUCUUUUUCUUAUUCAAUGACACUAUGGGUUAUUUUAAUUAGCUACUAUAGUGUGAACUGGAGACUAUUCCCAAGCUGUUCCAUUCUGAUUUAUGUAUAAUUUUAUUUCUUUUUUUAUUUAGUCGCAUGAACAUUGGUGCGAAGGGGUAAAAAAUAUAUAUAUGUACCACACAAAUAAGUUAUUCAAUUUGUAUGUAGGCUUGGAUGCUGUCCAAGUUCUCGAACCGAAACAAGUGGUCUUCUUAGGGGGCCCACUCCCUGAGCCUUUGACCUAGUAAUCUAAUCCAUAUGGUAGUGAAGCGAUAUUAAGAGAUGCAAUCCCAUGGUAGCUGGUGACCAAGAAUAUAUUCAUGCGCCAUCUUUUCCAUCAGGAUCCUGAAGCCCAUAUACAUUAUUGGUUCGGAGUCAGAGUUUUCCAACUCCCCUAGGUGUAACUCGCCGUCGAAGUUCUGGACGUUUGUUCCUUUCUGGUGAUACACGUCAAUUAACACCAAUGCGCGCUAUCAUUGAAGAGCUGGAACAUGUUACACAUCCUGGUUCUGGUGGGGGUAUCGCAGCAUCAUUAAUUUCAAAUAGUAUAGAUUCAAAUAAUCCUAUACCAUCCAACCAACAACAAUCAGCUACUACUACUAAUAUUACUAAUAAUUUAAGUAUAGAUGAAAAUGUCGGUUUAAUUAUAGCUAGAUUAAGUUUAUGGGAGCGUAGACGACAUGAAGAAGAAUUGUUAGAUUCAUGGAAUGAAUGGUGGAUUCAGAAAAAUGGACCUAAAUUGCAAGAAAUUAUAUACAAUGUACCAGAAUUAUUAGAAGCUUAUCAAUUCUUGUGGCUAGCUGAUCCUUUUUUGGGUAUUAGUGAUUGUUUGACAAUUUAUAAUAAUAACAACAAUCAUAAUCUCAUUGCCAAUUCAUUGAACAGUACAAAUCAUUCACGUAAUUUAUCAUUAUUCGACUUAGAAAUUGGACUAUGUUCAGUUCCACAAGCUAGUCUAGUUUUAAAUGUUUGUAUGUCUAAUCUAUUAGCUACGCCAAAAGAAAGAAAUCAAAUUGUCGCUGUAUUAAAUAAUAAUAAUGGUAACAAUGUUAAUUGUAAUCUUAAUGUUGGAGCAGAUUCUAGCACAGAUUGUAUUUCUUCUUCAACAAGACGAUCUCGUAAUCUUCUAUCAAAUAUAUCUACAUUACCUGUAAUUGAUUAUGAUGUAUGGGAACGUCGAUUAUCUAGUCGUGUUGAUUCAUGGUAUCGUUCAUUUUGGGAAAAAGGCAAAGGUGUUGUUGAAUGGGCUACACGUCGUUUAGGUUUAUCAAAAGGAUUUUUUGAUGCAUGUGGCUAUAAGUUGAAUCCGUUAGCCAGUAAACGCUUUCAUGAAUUAUCAAUAUAUCAGCAAGUUGUAAUAAUCUGUGCACUUUGUGAAUCGACAAUGAGAACAUUUGAAAAUCUUCGUUUAUCUUUAGAUAAAUCAGCUGAUUGGGAAGCAUCAAAUCCAGUUUAUUUAGGUACUGAUUUCUUUUCAAAAUAUACUUAUAUACAUUUACCUAAUUCAAUUGGAAUUGAUCCAGCCACUUCAUUAAGAAUCUAUCGAAUCUCUUAUAUAAAAUAUCAACCAGUUGAAAUGAAUUAUGAAAAAUCUUUCAAAAUGACAAUGAAUCAUAAUCAUCUUGAUAUGAAUAAUAAAACUGAAAUAUUAAAUGAUUUUCUAAAAUUCCAAAAUGUAACCGACCUAAAUCAAUCGUCUAAUUUGAAACGUCGUCGUAGUUGUACAAAAUCUAAACAACAAAUUCAAUUGUAUGAUGAAUUAAAUAAACAUAAUAAUUUUCUUCUAGAUAAUGGUUUAUCAAUUCCUGGUUCAGUUCAACGUUUACCUAAUUGGAUUCAUCCAUCAUUAGCACGUGAUGUAUAUCGUAGAUGGUAUCGUGUUACUGAACAUGUUGAUUCUAUUCCUAAUUCUAUUGUUAAUUCUUCUGCAAUUGAUUUAACUACUGAUCAAGAGUCUGAAGAAUAUGGGAAAGCAAAAAAGAGGCGCUUAUCAGAAAGAACUGUUAAUAAUACUAAUACUAGUACUACUACUACUACUAAUAAUAAUAAUGCUGUUGUAAAUAAAGCAAACACACCAAAUAAUAGGAAACGUAAACCCCCUUCUUACAAUGAUAGUAAUAAUAAUAAUAAUACUGUUAAAGAGAAUGUACCAUUUGGAGAUUUUCAAGAUAUUGAUAAUCAAAUUAUUUCAGAGUUUAUUAAAAAUGAUCAUUGUUUAAAUCCAUCACCUUAUGCAUCAUUUAAUGGUCCAACACGUCAAUUUUUAUCUUUACAAUUAAGUCGUACUGCCGUUGGUGGCUUACGUUUUUGUUCAAAGUACAGUUCUCGUCGAAAUAAAAGUAUUGUACAUACAAAUGAUGACGAUGAUGAUGAUGGUGAUGAUGAUGACGAUACUGAGUCACAUUCAGCUGAUCAAAACCCAAAUGAUAUUCGUUCACCUUCAGUCAGCCACUAUGAAUCAGAUGAUUAUGUAGAAGAUGGUGAUAAUAUCAGUCGAACUGUUGGAACUACAGACAGCGUUGCAGAAGUAGAUGAAAAGUUGGUUUCCCGUGAUAAAUGUAUAGAUGAAUCUUUUAUUCCAAGACGUAGAUCAACUAGAUUAAGUGAGUUGUCCAAGAACACAACACCUGUAGAUUGUUCUAUUAACUCCAAUGGAACGUCUUCAUCGGUAAGAUCUGUAAUAUUUGUUGUUUUUUGUUAUAUUUAUUUAGUUCCUCUUUUUUGGAUAUUGUGAUAUGUAUAAUAGAUGAUAACAUUUCAACCGGUUUUACAUAACUUUUACUAUCUUAAAUUACGGAUGGAUUAGGUAUAUUAAUUGAUAGAGUUUGUUUUAUACUACUCAAAGUAGUAUCAUUAGCCGUUGCAAAUGUGACAUGAAACUGUGUUGCUUUCAGUGAGUUAUAUUAUUGAAUAAACUAAACCGGUGAUUGUUUAACUAUAAACUAGGUGAUCUGAAGUUAUAUUAACGAACUGUAAUUUCCCACUUUCCCACAUCGUACAACGACACUUGUUUUUGAUAUAUUUCGAUAAUGCAAUAAGAAGACGAAGUUUAUCAGAAUUAUGUGAUGAUAGAUUUGCGCAAUACAUUUCGAACAGUCUGAUCACACCUAAUAUACUUGUUAAGAACAUUUAUAUAUGAAAAAUUAAAAGGUCAACUAGACAGGUUAAGGGUAAGUCAUAACAAAGGAAAAAUCAUAAAGUACACAAAAACAAAUGUGAUUACCACUCUGGUUAAUAAAUCAGUAAUACCAGGGUAGGUUAAGUGUAAGCACAAAUUCUUUUUGAACACAUAAAGGGAGUUUCAAUUCCCGUAUAGCCAAGGCUUCAAUAAACCUUAGUAUACGUCCUUGAAGGCUUUUGUAUAACACUACAAGUGCUGACUUGAUGUCAACCUUAUGACCAGUCUCAAUCAAAUGUUUCGCAAUAGAGGAUGAUGUCUGUCUAUCCUGUGAUCUUCUUUGACCAUUAGAAUCUAUUUGUUUCUGCGACCAUUUUCGUAUGUUUUCAUCCACCCUUAAUUGCAAAUCAUGAUUGAACCUCCCUAUGUACGGGUUUCUGCACAUGCAUGUAAAUUGAUAGACACAAUGGGAUGUGACUCAAUCACUUUCGUACUGUUUGGGCUUUUGGUGAAAUAUAGACCUUGUCCUUUCGACAUAUCUGAAUAGGAAACUGGGUUCGUAGUGCUCGUGUCAACCUAAGCGCUUGAAUUCAGAGCCUGAGGGAUUAUUUUUCUUGUAAUUGGUCACAGAUAAUCUUUUUGAAUAGCUCUUAGUAUUUCAGUUUUCACCUUGGGAAACUUAUCCACCAAUGUCAGAAAUCCUGGAGGGUUGGAUCAGGUGUGAUACUUUUAUGGUUGAUUUUUUAAAAUCUUUUCCUUUCAUUGUGGGAAUGCAGCAUCGUUGGAGGUGCUGGAUUCCUGAGAGAAACACCUUAUUGAUAAAUCUUUUGAUAUCGCUUGAGUCGCUUUCCUAAGUUCUUCUAAUAACUCCAGGCUAAAUGUAAACGAAAAGAGCGCAUUACUCCAAGACUAGUUUAUGUACAGAAAAUCGACGUUAUUUAUGGCAUUUCAGAUGGCCUUUGACUUCUGGAAGGUUUUGGGACCUUAAUAGACAUAGUAGCAGGAUAGGUAAUCAUCCAUUUGGGAAUGUGACACAUGACUCUCUACUUUCUAGAUGUUUCUAAGAAACCUCUGUUCAAUGCUGACUGGAUAAAAUGCUCACAAGUAUUUUCAGGACAUUUCUGGGCUUUUCCAAAGAAUAUUCUGGGUCUCCUCAACAUGUAUUGUCAUCAUAGUCUAGUACCGUUGGCAGUGGGGCUUCAGUCUCUUAUCUUAAGUUAAUGAUUUUCACUUCACGGCUCUCAAAAACCAAUUUAUCUGAUUCACUGGGUCAUCACAAAAUGCGAGCACGACGACCACAUCAAUACAGCAAUGUAAGGGUAUAUAAAACUCCGCCUGGAGCCCCUCUGGGGCUACUGCCGAUUCCAAGCCUGGAUAAAGGAGGAGGGUUGAACAUGGGGUUAGCAACUUCAUGCCGUAAAACACUAACUCACUAAAAAAACGCUAGUCAGAAAAAACAAUUAAAACCAUUUCAACUUUGCCCUAGUAGUUAGAAGGUUUUCAUUUAGAAGAGUUAUGACGUCUCAUGAUGAAAACCGAGUUCUUUCGGAAGUCACGAGGCUGAUCCUGUUUUUGACAAUCAGAGCAAGCAUUAAUUUAGGUACAUGGAAUGCUCGUGCAAGGGUAUGUAAAGAUAUCGCAUAAUUGUAAACAACAUUAUACAUUUUACAACAUAUUUAAAUGAAUUCUAUCUGUUAUUUUCACCUGGUAUUUAAAUUUACAUUUCUAAAAUUUCGGGAUGAACUAGUUUGUUAAAGUAUAGUUAUUCUGGUGUUAAUUUCCAUAGGCAUAGAGAGUUCAUCAAUUUGUGUGUGGCCUGUGAUACUGCGCGGGUGCCCGAACCGAAGCAGGUGGUUAUCUUAGGGGGCCACUCCCCGAGCCUUUGACCUAAAGGUCUAACCCACAAGGCAGUGGAGCAUCAUAAGCAGAUGCAGUUCCAUGGUAGCCGGUGACCAACGAUUGGUUCAUACGCCAUUUGUCCCCGCAGGAUACUGGAGCCCAUGUACACCAUUGAUUUGUGAUCCAGUUAAAGCGCCGGACAUUCGCUUUUCGUCCUCUCAAUUUCGUAAACAACACCCCCGCCACGAGAAGGCAAUGAGUAGGACUUUCCUGGCAGAGGCUGUAUACGCGCGGCCGUGUGAGAGUAUUUCGAGAGGGAGAGCGGUCUCUCCCCACUCUCGGCCGUACCAGGGCAUUCGGGCACAG